GGCACGUAGGGACUUUGGUGACAUCCAAAAAGGACAUGUAGUUCUUUCUUGUCUUGGCCUCUAUCACUGUGAUCUGCAUCUCCAUCAGAACUAUCGUCACUCUCAUCACUGAGUGUACUGUCAGGGACACCCAAAUCACCAUCAAUAACACAGGCACCACUGUUAUAACCAUCAUCACCAAGAUUAGUACAAUUAUCAUCAGCAGCAUGAUGAUCAUCAUGAUUACUACAAUCAUCAUCAGCAUCAUCAGCAACAUCAGCAUCAUGAUUACUACAAUCAUCAUCAGGAACAUGGCCUUGCAAAUGGCACUCACGGCUGUCCAUGGCAUCAAUACGAUUUGAAACAUCCCCCUCCUCUUCUUCUUGCUUGUUGUCGUCAUCAUCAAUUGCAAUUUUUUCUUCAUCAUAGCCAUGGCUUUCACAGCACUUUAUGGCAUCACUAUGAUGAACGAUACCUUCCUCCUCUUCUUCUUCUUGCUUGAUAUCAUCAUCAGCAACUGCAAUUUCAUCUUCACUGCCGUCAUGGCUCUCACAGCACUCUAUGGCAUCACUAUGAUAAACCAUUUCUUCUUCUUCUUCUUCUUGCUUGAUAGCAUCAUCAGCAACUGCAAUUUCAUCUUCACUUUCGCCAUGGCUUUCACAGCACUCUAUGGCAUCACUAUGAUGAACCAUACCUUUCUCCUCUUCCUCUUCUUGCUUAUCACAAUCAUAAUCAUCAUCAGCAACUGCAAUUUCACCUUCACUGUCGUCAUGGCUCUCACAGCACUCUAUGGCAUCACCAUGAUGAACCAUACCUUUCUCCUCUUCUUCUUCUUGCUUAUCACAAUCAUAAUCAUCAUCAGCAACUGCAAUUUCAUCUUUACUGUCGCCAUGGCUCUCAUGAUAAACCACAUCUUCUUCUUCUUCUUCUUGCUUAUCACAAUCAUAAUCAUCAUCAGCAACUGCAAUUUCAUCUUCACUGUCGCCAUGGCUCUCACAGCACUCUAUGGCAUCACUAUGAUAAACCAUGUCUUCUUCUUCUUGCUUGCUAUCAUCAUCAGCGACUGCAAUUUCAUCUUCACUAUCGUCUUGGCUCUCACAACACUCUUUGACAUCUUCCAUCUCUUCUUCUUCUUCUUUCGUUUCGUUCUUGUCAGCAUCAUGGACAGCCACAACAUUCUUUUCAUCCUUGUCAACAAGUGAUCUACAUUCACAAGGUGGCAGUGGAAGAAGCAUUUGCCUGAUGUUCUUGAUAAUCGAAGUAGACGAUGCAGUUCUGUUGCAGAAAUCAUCGUAAUAUUCCUUGUAGAAAUAAUCAAGGAAUUUUGCCGCCAGUGGCUGAAUAAGGCUCGGAUGUCCGGGGUUGAUCCAACAUUGGGUUGUGAGUUCACCCUCGUGAUUUCUCUCUAUUGAAAUGGCUGCCAUAUGAACAACUACGCCUUUAAAACUUCGAUGAUCUUUUAAAGAGCCUUUUUCCCCGACGCAAAACAAAAGUGCACUGAUCCGUCUUUCGUCGGGAAAGUUUCUUACAACCUUAAAGUACUUCGUUGGUUUACAAGGCCAUGAAGACUCAUCAUCAUCAUCGCUUGAGUUAGUGACUUCUUCGUCAGAAGUACUGUAUUCUUCAUCAUUGCUUGUCCACUCGUCAUCAUCAUCAUCAUCGUCAUCAUCAUCGUCGUCGUCGUCGUCAUCACUAUCCUCCUCGUCCUCAUCGACAGAGGAACCCCCUGCACUGUCUGGUAGGGGGAGUGCUAAUGCCUUGCACUGCACCGAUGAUGAUGCUCUACAAUAUCUUCUUCUCCUGAGCAUCUCGCGAUAAGCGAGUAUUAUGUCCAACACACUAAACAUUGAAUCAAAAUUGAAUUCAUGAUUAUUUAAGAUCGUAAUUAUAUGUUGUAAGGAGAGUAGAGAGAUUUAACUUUAGCUUUAGUCUUGAAUGAUUGGCUUAAUUCGCGUAUGAACUGGGGCUCUUAGUAUUUAGCGACACAAAUUGUAUUGCGGGAACAAUGCAGUUAUUAUUACUGGACAGAAUUAUCCAAAGGAAAAAAGUACUAGUUUGAUUGGUUUGCCCAAUGCCUGCAGAACAUGGCUGCUGCUUAUAACCCAAUAACAAGUCAGUUGUUUUGAUCUUACCGUAUUAUUAUCAAAAACACCAAGAUCACCAAUAUUAUCCAAUAGAUUAUUCUCACGAUCAGGAAUU